UCACACUGAUUGGAUGAAGCAGUAUGAAACUUUGACAGAUAUGAUAGUUCCUCGAUCCAGCAAUAUUCUUCAUGAGGACCAGGAUAGUUAUCUCUGUAAUGUCACUUUAUUCAGGAAGGCAGUGGAUGAGUUCAAACAUAAAGCAAGAGACAACAAAUUUAUGGUCCGUGACUUUCAGUAUAAUGAAGAAGAAAUGAAGGCAGACAAAGAAGAAAUGAACAGGCUGUCUACUGAUAAGAAAAAACAAUUU